AUGGAUAUUUUUUCGAUCUGUGAGCUCAAGUCAGAUCCGGCAACCGCAUAUGACGACCUGAGGUUGUUUUUAAAAGGCGGAAUGCCACCAAACGUGCUCCUGGGAGACGUGAGAGAAGACGCUGGAGAGGUUGAGAAAAAAAGCGGGCUGUUGCAUGUUCUGUGCCGCUCAGCAACCCCGGAGCAGCAGGAGCUUGCCGGGCAAUUGGUUGACCAGCUCUUCGAAUACGGUGCUAGUUGGAUGCUAAUUGAUGGCGAAAACAAGACUCCUGGAUGCAUUGCCAGAGAGCGGGGGCUGAAUGAUUUAUAUGUCAAGUUUGUCCAAGCCGGUGUGCGAUCAGAGAUCUUUCUACGCCGCAUGACUGAGGAAUCUGAGCCAUCUGAAGAAGCCGCCGUAAACCCUGGCGCUGAAGGCGCUGAGAAAGAAGAGAACCCCCGCAAAAAGACCCGCACUACGGAGCCCGAGCGUAACCAAGAGGAUUACCUCACAACCAACCUGGCGUAUGAAGACGAUAAGCUGGUUACCGACCAACAGGACGGUGUUAUGAUGGACUGGGAGACUCCAAUUAUGAAGCGUAGUGCCGAAAUUAUCACCCAUCCCGGCCGCAAUGUGCUUAAUGUUGGGUUUGGUAUGGGCAUCAUCGACAGCUUUAUUCAGGAACUGGGGCCCGGGAAACAUUAUAUCUGUGAAGCACACCCUACUGUUUUAGCUAAAAUGAGGGCCGACGGAUGGUACGACAAACCGAAUGUCGUGAUUCUCGAAGGACCCUGGAAACAAACUUUGGCCAAGCUGCUUAGCCAAGGCGUAACGUUCGCCGGCAUCUACUACGACACGUUCAGCGAGCACUACAGCGACAUGCUUGAGUUUUUCGACCUAGUGUGUGGGCUACUGGACUUUGAGGGCGUAUUUUCAUUUUUCAACGGCCUGGGCGCCGACCGCCAGAUUAUCUAUGAUGUUUACAAGCAGGUUGUCGAAUUCGACGUCCGCGAGUUUGGCUUCGACGUAUCCUACGAGGCCAUGCCCGUCGAGAUGCCGCGGACUACAUGGGACGGCAUCAAGCGUGCUUACUUUGUGCUCGACGAGUAUGCCCUGCCGCGGAUAACGUUCAUGUCUUGA